UUUCUUAAUAUUUUUCUUUUUAGAAUAUAAAUAAAAAACUAUUGAUUCAUAACUAAAUAGAUGUAAAGAAAUAACAGAAAUUGACAAAAAUGCAUGGAAGGUUGAAAGUAAAGACCACUGACCAACAAGAAGCAGAAAAGAAAAUAAAACGUUUAGAAAAAUCUACCCAGUUUCACCAAGGAAUGGUAGCGGUUUUGGAAAAUAGAGGUAUUAAAGAAAAAGAUGAUUUUGUUCUCAGAGAAAGCGAAAAACUUCUUCUAGCUAACCCUGAUGUAUAUACAUUAUGGAAUAUUCGAAAGGAAAUAAUUGAAACAAAGCUUAAAGAAAACAUUUUAGAAAGAGAUAGUGAAAUGCUUCGUAAAGAGCUAGUUCUUACUCAAAAUGCAUUACAUACCAAUCCGAAAUCAUACGGAGUUUGGAAUCACAGGCAGUUUAUUAUAAUAAACAUGAACAAACCAAAUUGGUCUGAAGAGUUACGUCUUUGUAAUCUAUUUUUAAAGUAUGACUCAAGAAACUUUCAUUGUUGGGAUUAUCGUCGAUUUGUUGUCAAAGAAUCAAAAGUUUCAUUUGAUGAUGAAAUUAAGUUUACAACUGAAAAGAUAACUGAAAAUUUUUCAAAUUAUUCUGCAUGGCACAAUCGUAGCAACCUUUAUUCAAGUGAAAGAAAAGAUGGUUGUAUUAAAAAAGAAAUAAUACAUAAAGAACUUGAGCUUGUACGAAAUGCAGUGUUUACUGAUCCAAAUGAUCAAAGUGCUUGGUUCUAUCAUAGAUGGCUACUUGGAAGAAAAAAACAAGAGCCAUAUCUAUUGUCACUUUGUGUUUAUUGGAAUGAUCUUCCAAAAUUGGUAGCUACAUUUUCCUUACCUGUUCCAGAAUCUUAUCUUUCAAAUGCUAAAAUCAUGUUAAAUGGUUUCCAGUUAAAUGAUCUGAAUUGGAUUAAUUGUAAUUCGAAUUGUUCUGAGCACAGUUACUCAAUGCAAUGGUCAGCAUUUGCAAACAAAGACUUACAAGGGGCUCUUAGUGUGGAAUUUAAUGGUUGCUCAGUGAGCUUGGAAAUAAUUCAAGGACAAGAAAACUCUUUGUGUUGGCUUAAUAAUCAGUUUACAAAAGAAAAUUUUCUGCCAAGAUAUGCUCAUACAGAUGUAGAAGUUGAUGUUUUACAAAAUGAAUUAGAAUCUUGUCAAAUUCUCUAUGACGAAGAACCUGAUAAUAAAUGGACAAUGCUGACGCUGUUACAUUUGAUGCAUGCAAUAGAUUUAAAUGAAUACAACAAUGAAAUGUCAUCUUUGCUAGAUAAACUUAUGAGAGUUGAUUCCAUCAGAAAAGGAUACUAUAAUGAUCUUAGAAGUAAAUAUGAAGUUGAAAGAGUUUUGGAACAGCUUUUUAAUAAAAAGAUGUUGGUUGAUUGUGUUGACUUAAGUUGCAGGAAUUUAACAUGUCUCCCUUAUGCGCAGUAUUUUUCGAGCUUUAAAAAGUUGAACUUAUGUGGAAACAAUGGUUUAAAAGAGUUAACAGUCAAUCAGCGAUCUUUACUUUCUAAUGUUGAACUAAUCUUUGAAUAAAAAUUUUAUAUAUA